GGCUAAACCACAACCAGUCACACCAGCAGCAGCUUCCUGGCUUCCUGCCAUAGUAGAGAAAAUUUUGCAUAGAAAGAGUCGAACUCGUCAUCUUCAUUGCUACAUUUUCUGUCCUCAAACAAAGGCACACAUCUGAAUCAUUUGAUAGUCUGAUCCCAUCGUCCUCCCCCCUCUCUCCUUCAAGCUCACGCCCAAACGAAGGCACACAUUUUUCGCUGUUCUAGAAAAUCAAAUUGGGGCAACGUUUCAUUUACUCUUUUGGAGGAAAAUGUAGGAAAAGUGAGAGGUGCCCUGUUCGGGUGCGGGAUUUUGGCGCUUGAUCUAGGGGAUAAAGUAAUGUGACAUACCAUUUGAAAGUGUGCUGCACCAAAAUGCAUCCUCCAUUGACAUUACACCGGCACCCAAUGUGUGCUGAAGUCAUUGAGGCUUUCCAAAAAUGUCAUGCGGAACACCCCGUUGGCAAAUUUUUUGGCAAUUGCACUGACCUAAAAGUUCAACUUGACCGCUGUUUCAGGCAGGAGAAAGCUGUAAAGCGAAAGGCAAACUUUGAACAGAGCAAAAAACUGAAGGAAAAUUUACUAGCGCAGAGGAAAGAAACUGCCGGACAAAGUUAGCAAUGAUUUUGGGUGUUGCAAAUUUACAGAUUAUGAUUUGCAGUGAUGAUGGAGACGUAGGUCUUGUUCCCAUUUAGUUAUGCAUGUAGCAGUUAAAGAAAGGGGAGUUGUUAUUAUUCUCUAUAUCACUGACUUUGUGUUCAUUUUCUAGGAACAUUUGAGGAAUAGGUGCUGUGAUCCAAAAUUUUGAUUUGUGGAUAUUGUAUAAUAGAAUUAACGGUUUUUUCAUGAAA